AUGAUCGCCACCGGCGGCCUGCUGAGGAUUUCAGCCAGAAAGCAGGAUCCCCUCCGCCCCCCGAGCCAGGUCCCCAAGCGCAAGCGGAAAGCCAAGAAGAGGCGCAAGAACGACGUGGUGGUGGUGAAAGGCAAGUUGAAGCUGUGCUCUGUCUCCGGGCUCAUUGCCCUCUGUGGGAUCCUGGUGCUGUUGGUGGGCAUAGCCAUGGCGGUGGUGGGCUACUGGCCCAAGGCCAACGUGGUCAAUAGGGAGGGCGGUAAGCAUCUGCCGCCCGUGGGCAGCAGCCGCCAUGCCCCGACCACGGCCAAUAGCAGCAGCAGUGGCAAUAAAAACCGGUCCAGGGGCCAUUCGGAGACCCCGGGGGGUGUCAACUCCAGUUCCGUGGGCGCGCCCAGGAGCACGCCCCCAGCGCGGCCCGCUGCCCCUUCUCCAUCCUCCUCCACGUCGGUGGGUUUCUUCUUCCACAUCUUCUCUGGCUACCUGCACUCUGAUAAACUCAAGGUCUUCGGGCCCCUCAUCAUGGGGAUAGGCAUCUUCCUCUUCAUUUGCGCUAACGCGGUGCUCCACGAGAACCGAGACAAGAAGACCAAGAUCAUCAAUCUGCGGGACCUGUACUCUACGGUCAUCGACGUGCACAGCCUCCGUGCCAAAGACCUGGCGGCCGCUGCGGCUGCGGCUGCAGCCGCCACCUCCUCGUCCUCGGUCCCCGCCUCGGCGCCCCCAGGGGCCGCGCCACUCAACGGCUUCCUCAGCUACGUGCAGUCGCGGGGUCUGGAGCUGAAGCCUGGGGUCUGCGGCGGCGCGGGGGACGCCGCCAGCAGCUGCAGCAGCCCGGCGCCCUGCAGCCCACCUGAGAGCUGGGGACGCCAGAGCACCGCCAGCUCCCUCGUGGGCUCCUCGCUGAGCGCCUUCGCGCUGCUACCACUGCAAGGGGACUGCGACGCGGGCGGGGUCGUGGAGGGCGCAAGCUGCAGCUGGAAAAGGUCUCCUGGGGAACGCGGCUCCCGGGAGAUCCCGCGGGGUAAACACGACCUGAGCUUGACCGACCUCCGUGGUGACAGGGACGGAAGGCGCCAGGCGCCCAGAAAGCUGGAGGAGCCUGAGGGCGCGGCGACGGUGCUCACCGCCAGGGGGCAGGGCGGUCGCCUGCCCAGGACCGGCAGGUACGCGGCCCUGCGGCGCCGCAGCACUAGCGGACUCCCGGACUACCGGGCGGCACUUUCCCCGGAGCCCCCGCCCUUGUCGCGCAGCGCGGACUUGGACUCGAACCUUCUGGCCAAAGCUGUCUCCCUCUCGCCUCCUCUGCGGCUGGAGGACUCACUCCCCGCCAGGCUGGACUCACUGAGCUCCCAGUCCGAUGACCCAACUUGCAGCAAUAAGGGCUACACUCCCCUGAGGGAGACCGGCACCUCCUUGGAGUCGGCUGUGGACGCAGUAGCCAGUAAAAGUCAAGACUAUGAGGCCACCACUCCCCUGGGAACCGAGGAGCAGAGCCCUCCGGAAGAUCCCAGCCAACGGCCCCCCACGGCCCAGCCACCUCAGCCAGUGCAGAGGCAGUUUACAAACAAGGAGAAACUAUUCAUGAUUUCCCGGUCUCACGCCAUAGGGGUAGAGGAUGGAGACACGGAAAGUACUAGCAUUUAG